GUAUGCAAUUUUUGUACUUAACAUAUGUUUGACGAUAUAUAAUCACUUGACACAGCUCACACAAUUUAUUAUACCUCCGACGAUAAUUCGUAUCGUAUUUAUAAUAAAAUUCUUGUGACAAUUUUCACAAAUAUUUGUAUGACACAUUUACACGUCGAGAUACGAUGUACUAACGUGGAACAUUAAUUACGUUAAUUACACGAGUAACCGUUACGAGAGCAGUGCGAGCGUAUAAUUUAUUUAAAACCAUGGAGUCGCACAAAGUUAAUAACGUACCUUUAAAUGCACACGCGAUACUGAGAUCAUGUGCAUCGACGACUAACGAAGCUGAAAGAUUGCGAAAUCUCCAAGAAGAGAAGCACUCGAAGCUAACGAUCGGAGCGUUCUUUGAGUUCAUGAAAACUGCGUACCAAGUCAAUGAUAACUGCGAAGAUCUAGCCACGAUGCUGAGUGCAAACAGUGAAAUUGAUUGGAAUGAAUUAGCAAGGAUCACUUUGGAUCAGGGAGCACACGAAGAUGAUAAAGCAAUCAGUAAUAGCUACAAUGUCCACAUACGAGAACAACAGAGCGACAAUUCUAUUCAAGAUUUGUUGCUGCAGACAAUGAAGGAUAAAGGAACGUAUCCAUGUGUAUCGGAAAGCGUAAUGAGUUUGCAGUCCUCUGCGACGUCCCGUAACAUCAAUCAUGAACCGUCUAAUGAGGCCGACUCCGUCCAGGAAUCUAAAUCUAAUGCAGGAAACAGUUCUGAUAAAUGUUUAAGGACAGAGGAUAAUAUUAAAGAAGUAGAUCAGUCAUCGGAAAGCCAAGUCUGCACUAAACAAGGAAAGACGGAGUGUGCAGAAGAAAUCGAACAUGGUUUAGCGAAAAUCAUGAAGGAAAAUCUCAGAGAUAUCUUGCAUGAAGGCUUACUGGAUUCCGUUCUGCCAUACAUGCUCCCAAAAUCUGCGCUAUCACAGCCCGUUAUCAAGAGGUCUAAUGUUGCCGUGGAUGUUAAAAAGAGUUCCUCAUUGAGUAAUGUAAUUGAAACCAAGAUAACAGCCUCGGCUCCUAAAGAAAAGGAUAAAGAAAAGAAUAAGAUGAGCAAGAAGUCGUUAGAAAAUGAAGUCGAGAUCCAUGUAUACGAUGAAGAUAAAAAUAUGAAGAAAAACUUCCGAUGUCCUCAGAAGCUUCUCAUACAAAAGAUGUGCUAUUUUGCUGACGUGACGGCAGGACAGAAGCUUGAUGAGAUAGACAUAUCGGUACAUUGUGACGUUGUUAUUUUCGACUGGCUGAUGAGAUGGGUGAAAAAGGAUCUGAUAAAGAAGUCGGAGUGGCCAGUGCUGGAGGCGAGUAAUGUCAUUCCGAUUAUGGUAUCUGCUUGCUUCCUGCAAAUGGAGCCACUUUUAGAGAUUUGCCUUCAAUAUUGCCACGACAAUACGUCAGAUAUUUUAAAGACGUCGUCGAUCCUAUCAUGUUUAGACGACAAUCUUCUCACAAGAUUGGCUGAAUUAUUUACCAAUGAAGAUAUCGAAGCGUUAAAAGAUAAGAAGGAUAAAAUCCAAAGUCGCUUGUUUUGUAAAUUAAUAACGUCACUGGUAGAGACCACUCCGGAUAAUAAAAAGGGGCAUUACAGUUCACUGGCCACGCUAUUUAAAUGUGGAAAGUGCAGUAAGAUCGUUAUACAGUCAAUCUCGGACUUUGUGCCUUGCAUUCCAAGCGCAAUGAAGAUCGAUACCAAGGGAGUCGUUCAGAGCAAACAUGUCAGAGAUUUGACAUGGACGUUGAACGAUUAUGUCGUUACCUUGCGCUCGGAAUUACGCUCUUGGCGUAAGGUCUAUUGGAAACUGUGGGGAGAUUGCCAUUUCUUGUUCUGCCAGCAGUGCAACGUAUACUUCCCGGUACAUCAGAUCGAUUGGUGUUGUUAUCACCCAGAACUUGCGCAAUUCUUCGUGAAUGAGCAACAACGACCGACGCCCUUUCCAUUAGGAAGAUAUCCAUGUUGUAGUCAACGUGCCUAUAGAUUCGAGGCUCUAUCAAGUCAAGGCGGAUGUAGGUACAAAGAACACACGCCAGAUAUAAAGAGCCAAAAAGAAUUAAAUAUAUUAAAUAUUCUGACAGCGUAUAGAGAAAUAAUAACUGUCGAACCCCCGCAGCUCUUCUUCCCCGAGAAGAUCACACGACUGGUGACACGGGAUCCGUCUCUUCGCACAGACAAAUUAGUGUGCAAGGAUACAAUGUGGUGGCAUGGUAUAGAACUUGUGCCACAGAGACCAAAGCUUGGUUUGCUCGGUAUAAAUUGCCAUUUAUACCUCCUUUUGCAUCGUACGCGCUCAAGAUCAGGUUAUUAUAACGCAGGGAAAAAUGUUUUAUCUUCGCAAGCAGGUAGAAUUUGGGGAGGCUCGGGACUCCGUCGAUUGCUCCAGGUGCAGGAUUCGCAAAAAUCGUUGCAAAAGUUGCGUCGGCAAAUCUCCAUAACUACCGUUUCGUCUUCCACCUCUUCAAUCGUGGACGAGGAUGACGAGGACGAUGGCGGAACCGCGAGUCGCGAAGACAGCAGCAUAGAUGAAGAGUCGUAUUACAGUGAGGAAUCCAAUACGCUGUGCACAUUGAAGUCGAUGGGGAAAGCAAAGCGUCCGAAUAAUCAGAAGAGCAGCGCUAGAUGUUGGAGCAGUAACUUGAGCGUAAGGCGCAAUCAAGAUAAUCAAAGGGACUUUGAGGAAAGGGCAGCGACGCAGAUGAUAGCUCUCUUGACGAAAAGAACCGUUACUGAAAACUUACUCUCGAAAUCUUACAAGCAACAACAGGGCCAUAAGGCGAAGCAGCCUAUUGGUGGAGCAUACAUAAAAUUGGAAGCUGAAUUUCGCGAACAAUUAGCUCAAUCGUGCAAAUAUAGGUACCCCUUGAAGACUCGCAUGAAAUCUAAUAAAUUUUGAUUUAUAUGUAUAACACAAGAUUUAAUUACGAUAUCGUGUUAAAAUUUGUUUUGUAAUUUUAUGUAAAGAAGGAAAAAGAGAUAUCUACUGCCACAACUUUUGCGCAUUAUACAAUAAAUGUGUAAAACAUAGAGUAAGGGCCUUAAUUAAUUAAUUUAAAUAUAUUUUCUUAGACAAU